AUCGAGGUCACAAUGUGUCAUCUUCACCACCGUUCGUUGCGUAUGGACAUCCUGUCUCCCGCCCCUAAUCUCCCAUCGUGUGCAAACCACCAACUUCCAUUCUAAAGUCUCCACCGAAACUUCCAUCAUUUCCUCUUUUAAACCCUCAAAACCCCAUUCUUUUCUCCACUCUUCACUUUCUUCAAUCACACAAUCAACAAUGGCAUCUAUGCCUUGCUCUUUAAACUUCACUUCCCCAUUUUUCAAUUUCUCUAAAUCCAACCGAACCCAGUUCCCUUCUUGUCUCUCUGUUUCUUGCUUUGGAACUAGUUCUGUCCAAUCUCUUUUAGGCUCAUCAAGUUCAGGGCUUUUCCAACAUGGGUUUGCUCUUAAAGCUGGAAUCUUUUCUGGGUUUUCGUCUGAUUCUCGUUCUGAAUUUGGGGUUUUUGCUACAGCUGCCACUGGAAAGACUAUUUAUGAUUUUACUGUAAAGGAUAUCGAUCGAAAGGAUGUUCCUCUUUCCAAAUUCAAGGGAAAGGUUCUACUUAUCGUCAAUGUUGCAUCGCAAUGUGGUUUGACUUCAUCUAACUACUCCGAGCUCACUCAAAUAUAUAACAAGUACAAAGAUCAAGGACUUGAAAUAUUGGCAUUCCCUUGCAAUCAGUUCGGGUUCCAAGAACCCGGGUCAAAUGAUCAGAUUAAAAAUUUUGCUUGUACAAGGUUCAAAGCCGAAUUCCCGAUCUUUGACAAGAUUGAUGUGAAUGGCCCGUUUACUGCCCCGAUUUAUCAAUUUCUCAAGUCGAACAGCGGAGGGUUCUUGGGCGAUUUGGUGAAGUGGAAUUUUGAGAAGUUUUUAGUAGAUAAAAAUGGGAAAGUCGUUGAAAGAUAUCCUCCUACUACUUCCCCUCUUCAGAUCGAGAAGGACGUAAAGAAACUUCUUGCUGCAUAGUGUGAUUACAUGUUCAACGUCCCAGAAACCUCACUAUAUCACAAACUAUACGAGUUUACGUUUUACAUUUGUCAUCAAAUGAUUCAUCUCUUUCGUUAUUGUGACAGAAAGCGAAAUAGUAUGCAUAGCCCGAAACCAUAGAUUCGGUUUACCUGUAUCUAUCUGUGUAUGUAAAUGAAUUUACUGCUUGGUACAUCCUGGCUAAGUAACAGUGGAUAUCAUUGUAAGUUGAUUUGGUUUUUUUUAAAGGUGUGAAUUAUUCGUGAA